AUGGCUGCCAACGGUGUCAAGGCAGGCAGCAAGCGCAAGACUGCUCCCGCUUCCAAGGGCGCCUCUGACAGCAAAUCGAAAAAGACCAAGUUCGAGAAGAAGGCUGCGCCCGUUGAGACCCCCGAGGACGACGAGAUGGAGGAUGCUGCAGAGUCUUCAGACUCUGACGAUGGCGGAGUCAAGCUCAACCCCCGCGAGAGGGCGAAGCAGGCUCAGGCGAAUAGCAAGAAGGAAGGCGCCAACUUCGACAAGAGCAAGCAGUUUGAGAAAGGACAAACUUCGAAGGAGUCCCAUGCCAUCCAGAAGAAACUCGCCCUUGAGCGCAAGGCCGCGAAGCCCCUGGCCGAUGAAGUACAACGAACCAAGAAGAUUUGGGAGCGAUUGAGGAGGAAGUCCCACGUGCCCUCUGAGGAGAGGAAGCAACUCGUCGAUGAGCUCUUCAGCAUCAUCACUGGACGGAUUAAAGAGUUUGUCUUGAAGCACGACGCGACCCGUGCUGUUCAGACUGCGAUCAAGUACGCGACAGCCGCGCAAAGGAAACAGAUCACGAAGGAGCUACAGGGAACGUACGCCCAGCUCGCCGAGAGCAGAUACGCCAAGUUCCUUAUCGCCAAGCUGAUCGUGCAGGCCGACGCUGAGAUCAAGGAGAUUAUCGUUCCAGAGUUUUACGGCAAGGUGCGGAAGCUGAUCAAUCACCCUGAGGCCUCUUGGAUCCUGGACGACAUCUACCGUCAAAUCGCUACGAAGGAGCAGAAGGCCAUCAUCCUGAGAGAAUGGUACGGCCCAGAAUUCGCUUUGCUGGAGCGCAAUAAGGAUGAGAAGCCGACAUCUGAUCUGUCCGAGAUUCUCGAGGAGAAAUCUAGCAAGCGCGGUCCCAUCUUGAAAAGUCUCCACGACAUGAUCAACUCUUUGGUGCAGAAGAAGAUGACGGGCUUCACUAUGCUGCACGACGCUAUGCUGCAAUACUUCCUGAACAUCAAGCCCGGCACCGAUGAUUUUACCAUGUUCCUCGAGAUGAUCAAGGACGACGAGACUGGUGACCUGUUGAAAAACAUGGCAUUUACUCGCUCGGGAUCUAGACUGGUGGCUCUUCUCUUGGCCCACGGCUCAUCCAAGGACCGUAGGAACCUACUGAAGGCUUUCAAGGAUAACUUUGUCCUUAUGUCGGGUGACCCCUUUGCUCACAUCGUGAUUCUGACUGCCUUCGAUGUUAUCGAUGACACGAAAAUGACACAGAAGGCUAUCUUUCCUGAGCUGAUUGGCGAUGACAAGGACAGAGCGACGGAAAACAUCAUCGUUUCCACGACAAACCCCUUUGCUAGGGCGACGCUCUUGUAUCUGCUUGAGGGCCAGUCCAGAGCAAUCUUCCCUGCUAGCAUGAACGAGGAUCUUGCAAUUCUGAAGGAGGUGCACGAGAUUCGCCAGACCACCAGUAAGAAGGAUGCCGAUAUGAGGAGAAAGGAGUUGGUGGUUGCCAUUUCUCCGGCUCUCAUUGAGGCCGUGGUGUCCUCAGCACAGACAUUAGUUGCAGACCCCUUUGGUUGCCAACUUGUUGCUGACGUACUGCUAUCUGCCGAGGGCGAUAAGACGAAGGCCCUCGAGGCUGUUGCGGCUGUUGCCGCGGGUGAUCCCAGCGCGGAGCCCAUGGAGGAGGAUGGCAUUGUUACCCCGGUCCAUGUCUCCCGCACACCAUUUGGAGGUCGUCUGAUCAAGACUUUGAUCGCUGGUGGCAAGUUCAACAAAGAGACCGGUAAAGUCGAGGCUAUUGAUCCACCAUUGAAGUUUUCCGAUAUCUUAUACCCGGUGAUCAAGGAUUGCAUUCUUGAUUGGGCCACGGGGCCGAGUUCCUUUGUUGUUCUCAACAUGCUUGAGGCCGAGGACUUCAGCCACGCCUCCGAGUUGAAGAAGAUGCUGAAGGCCCACAAGAAGGACCUCCAGAGGGCCGCAACGGAGGAGUCUGCGGAGCAAAAGGCGGACCGGGAGGCCAGGGCCCAGAAGGAGGCCGAGAAGAGCGAGAAGGGAGCAAAGAAGGGCAAGAAAGGUGGUGACAGGCCUGUCGGUAAUCUCGGCAGCAAGCUCUUGUUGGAGAAGCUCUAG